AUGUCCGAAGGACACACUGAGGAGCAAUUGCAGGAUCUGAGACGCAUCCUGCUGCUGACCGUCUAUAAAAACACAUUGAAUCAGUUGGUCCUGCAGCAACGGUCCCAGCGUUUAAAUGCCAGGAAACCACUGUCGCUACCCGCUUCUCUCAGGAGGCGACGCAGUUCGUCGAUGGGGGAGCAGGAGAAACCCGAACGAGUCCUCAUUACGGGCAAAGUCCUUCCACGUUUGGAAUCCCUGCUCGGUGAACCGGAGAACGAUGCUGAUCUGCUGGAUGAGGAGGUCCUGAAUGCCCUGAAAUUCGAGCGGGACAUGGAUGCAUUGCGGUCCAUAUUCGAGGUGGCCAUGAAUGAUCCGGAUUUGGAAGAGAAAACUAUUAUUGAAAAAAUGGACCUAAAAGCAUCGGAUCAGGAAAAUGAAAAGGAGGAAGUUCAUAAAGAAGAGAUGAAUAAGCUUCUAGAAGUGAAAGAAAUUACUUCCCAGGAGAGUGCCAACCUGGCCAUCAUAAAUCUGCAAAUUAAUGAAGAACAAAAUACAUUUGAAGACGAAAUGGUUAUAGACAUUAGGCCGCAUCCUUUCGAAGGGGAAAAAAUAAAAUCCGAUAAAAGCAUGGAUUUGGAAGUUCUGGAAGUGAAAGAUGAUGAAAGGAAAGACAUGAAGGAUAUGGGUCUUGAAAACCUUAAGCAAGCCAUAUCUGCCUUGGGAGGCAAUAAGAGCGAGGAGUCCCAGGCUGCCCAUCAGCUGCAAGAAUCCAAGGACGAACUAAAAAAACUAAAAGAGGAACUAGAAACCGAAAAAAAGGAGACCAUGGACAAGUUGCAGGACCUGGAGGAACGCAUUGCGGAGACCAAGUACAAGCUGCGCUGUGUUUCCCGGGUCAAUGACCUCGAGUACAGUUUGGUGCAACGCUGGGAGGAGGGUCGUCUGGCCCAAGGAACCAUUUGGGGCGAGAACGCCGAACGGGCCUAUUUAAGAGAUAUUCUGAACAUCAAACAAAAACUGGCGCGGGAAGAAAGGGUUAGUGCUGAGCUCCGCUCCUUUCGCCAGCGGGAAAUCCUUGAACUGCAGGCGAGGAUUAAGGAGUGGCAGCAGCGGUAUGUCAGCGAAAUACGGCGUGUGGAUCGCGAAGCCGAAGCCUGGGAACUGCGCAUCCUCGAGCAAAAGAAACUCCUCCAGCGGCAUCGCGAAAUCUACGAGGAGCGCAUGACCUACGUGCAGGAGUACCGCGCCCAAAAGGCGGAGGAGCAGCGACUCCUGGAUCUGCAGAUUCACCGCAUCGAGUGCGCCGUGAGACUGCAGGCCUGGUGGCGCGGUACGAUGGUGCGACGCGGUCUGGGACCGUUCAAGAAAAAGCCCAAGCGUGGCAAGCGAGGCAAGCCCAAGAAGUAG